UACUGUGUUCAUAUGAUCCUACGCUACAGGGGGUACGGCCUCACGCUCGAGUUGUAAACUCUGCGCUCCUAUAGAAAGCGUUUUCUCGCUCAUUCCUGUUUAAAACGAAGCAGCCACGCUUCGGGGGUCUGGAUUUCGCCAGCGCACGGCCGCUAGGGUGAAGUGCCCCUCGGUGUCUACGGUAAAGAGUACCGGGGCCGUUCAGGCAGCUACGCGGCUUCCCUGCACUCCGCUGGGUCUGGGGCACGGAGGAUGGCGUAGGUCCCCCACGGCUCCGGGCCGGGCAGGAGCAGCUGGCAGGACCGGCUUCCCGGUGAUCAGGCGAGAGCGGCUCUGCGCCGCUGCGGGAGCCAGUGGGCUUAAACCCGGCGCCGCGGACGGGGAGGAGCGCCCUGUCCCCAGACAUGCUGAGAGAGUGAGACGGGGGGGACCAAGAGCAACCGAGAGACUCUGCAGUGAGCACGCAGGAUGCCAGCCUUGAGCUCCAGGUGUGCCUUCUACCUGGGCUUCCUGGUGGGCAGCUGCAUGCUGUACUUCUUCCUGCGCCAGGUGUGGUUUGAGAAGAGCUACGUGCCGCAGACCGAUGGCCUGGGACUGGCACUGGUGGCGGAGGGCACGGGGAGUGACAGUUGGAAAGUGGAGGGGUCGGCGCUCAUCAACCUGAAACACCCUCACCUCCAAGGGGAAGACAGCCGAGUGGCGGACGACCUGUACAGGAAGGUGCGCAUCCUGUGCUGGGUGAUGACGGGCCCCAACAACCUGGAGACCAAGGCGCGGCACGUGAAGGCCACCUGGAGCCGCCACUGCAACGUGCUGGUGUUCAUGAGCUCCGUGGACGACCCCGACUUCCCCACGGUGGGGCUGAAGACGGGCGAGGGGCGCGACCAGCUCUACUGGAAGACCAUCCGCGCCUUCCACUACGUCCACGAGCACCACGCGGCCGAGGCGGACUGGUUCCUCAAGGCCGACGACGACACCUUCGUGGUGGUGGACAACCUGCGCUGGGUGCUGGCCAACCACACCCCCGAGGAGCCCAUCUACUUCGGCAAGCGCUUCAAGCCCUACGCCAAGCAGGGCUACAUGAGCGGCGGCGCGGGCUACGUCCUCAGCAGGGAGGCCCUGCACCGCUUCGUGGAGGGCUUCCGCACCAAGGUGUGCUCCCACACCACCUCCGUGGAGGACCUGGCGCUCGGCCAGUGCAUGGAGAAGAUGGGCGUCCUGGCGGGCGACUCCAGGGACACCCUCCACCGGGAGACCUUCCACCCGUUCGUCCCCGAGCACCACCUGACCGGCAAGUUCUCCAAGAGCUUCUGGUACUGGAACUACUGCUUCUACCCCAUCGUGGAGGGCCCGCAGUGCUGCUCGGACCUGGCCAUCUCCUUCCACUAUGUGGACGCCCAGCUCAUGUACGCCCUGGAGUACUACACCUACCACCUGCGGGCCUACGGCUACCAGUACCGCUACCGGCCCCCGCUGCCCGAGGGCUUCGACCGGCUGCCAGACAGGGGGCGGGAGGCCCCGAAGGAGUCUCCGUAUGUCUCCUGUGCCCGGGUGCGAAACGGGGCGUUAAGCGCUCGGGUGGAAUGA